AUGGGAAAACCUAAAGCAGACAACAGAAAAUGCCAGACGUUUAUUAACAAGUGCUUAAACAUAAUUAACGGCGUCUUCUACCCUAGACUCAUAACGAACAAAACAUUAUGGAGACAAUCGAAACACACUCCGUUCCACAUCAUACUCAAGAAAAAACGAAUUCAAUUUUUAGCCCACAUUUUAAAACAUCCUAACAGUAAUCUGGUUCAUGACGCUUUAACUUGGCUCUUUACCUGUAGAGGUAAAUCAUACAGUAGAUACAAGACGUUAUGGUUUCACCGCGUUUUGAAAGAUGUUGCUGAUCUGAAUAUAAACUGGAAACAGUUCGUUAGAUUGAAUAACAAUAAAAAUUCUAUCAAAAAGUUUCUUUAUCUUAAGAUUAAAUCUAGGUACCUAAGAUGA